AUGAAGUUCCAAUCCUUAGCCGUAUUAUCCAUCGCUGCCACCGCUUUAGCUAUCAAUCUUGAACAAGUUAGACUUGUCAAUGAUGAUGAAUUGGUCAUCCAAGAUGCUCAAUUUGGUUAUCCAGCUAUCGUUAACUUAAAGGAACAAGAUGCUGAAGUUGAAAACGACUCUGACAGUUCCGAUGAUGAAUUCGAAGCAGAACAAACUAAGAAGACUACCGUUUCCUCUACUACUACUACUUCUCACAAGGAAAAGAAGACUAUUACUGUUACUUCUUCUACUGCUAAGGCUUCCACUACUACCACCUCUAGCAAGACUACUUCCACCAAGAAGAAGGACCAUUCUUCUUCUUCUUCUACUAAGUCCAAGUCUCACACUGCUUCAAUUACGAAGACUAACGGUGCUGACUCUGUUGCCAUGGCUGUUGGUGGUCCAAUUGCUCUUGCUUUAGGUUUAUUAUUAUAA